CUCUCCUCAGGCAAGAUAUAGCAUUUCUCAAAAAGCUCUUUUCUAAGUUCAAGAGCAGUAAAGAUGGAAAAUUUGGUGAUUACAUCAAUGAAACGCACUUUGGAGGUGAUUUACCAUUAUUUUCUGCUAUUUCUUUUGGCAAUGUUGAGCUUGUGAAAUUGCUUUUGGAAAAUGGUGCUAAUCCUAAUAUACGCAAUAAAUAUGGUGGAUUUCCAUUACAUGAGGCAUCUUAUAAAGGGCAUGAUAGUAUUGUAGAGCUACUUUUGAAACGGGGUGCUGAUCCUGAUGUGCGAGAUAAACAUGGUGACGUUCCACUACGUACAGCACUUCUUUGGAAGCAUUAUGGUACCGCGGAACUACUUUUGAAAUACCAUGCAAAUCCUAAUAUACAAGAUGCAUGUGGUGAUGUUCCAUUGUAUAAAGCGUUUAUUUUGGGGCAUGAUAGCGUUGUAGAAUUACUCUUGGAAAAUGGUGCAAAUCCUAAUAUACAAGAUAAACAUAGUAAUUUUCUAUUAUAUCAAGCAUUUUCUUGGAAGCGUGAUAGCAUUGUAAAGCUGCUCUUGGAGCAUGGUGCUGAUCCUAAUAUACAAAAUGAACAUG